AACCAGAGCCAGGGGGAUAGAGAAAUUAAAUUAAGCCCCUCUUCUUCUUCUUCUUCUUCUUCUUCUUCUUCUUCUUGCAUUCUGCCAGGUUUACCUUUGCCUCUUUAUUGUUCUUCUUGUUAACUAAUUAUACACAAAUUAUGGGGAUGGAUCAAGGCCUCAGCAGGAAGAUGAGAAGAGUUUUCCUCGUACUCAACGUCAUCCUCCUCGCCAUAGGAACCUGCGGCGGCCCUCUCAUCUUGCGCCUCUACUUCCUCCACGGCGGCGCUCGAAUCUGGCUCUCCAGCUGGCUUCAAACCGGCGGCUGGCCCAUCAAUUUCAUCCCCCUUCUUGCCGCCUACCUCCAACGCCGCCGCAUGCAAGGCUUGGCCGCCACCACCGUCCUCAUCAAGCCCCCCAUCUUCUGGGCGGCCGCCGUCAUCGGCGUCCUCACCGGCUUCGACGACUACCUCUACGCCUACGGUCUGGCGAAGCUCCCGGUGUCCACUUCGUCGCUGAUCAUCGCCUCCCAGCUGGGCUUCACGGCGCUCUUCGCCUUCCUCCUGGUGAAGCAGAAGUUCACGUCGUACACCGUGAACGCCAUCGUGUUGCUGACCAUCGGCGCCGGAGUUUUGGCUCUGCACACGAGCGGCGAUAGGCCGAAGGGCGAGUCGAACAAGGACUACUCCAUGGGAUUCACGAUGACGUUGGCCGCGUCGGCGUUGUACGGGCUGAUUCUGCCGAUGGUGGAGCUGACGUACAAGAAGGCGAAGCAGGCCGUGACCUACACGCUGGUGUUGGAAAUUCAGGUGGUCAUGUGUUUCUUUGCCACUGUUGUUUGUACCGUCGGCAUGGCCAUUAACAAUGACUUCAGGGCCAUUGCGAGAGAAGGAAGAGGGUUUGAGCUGGGAGAGACCAAGUAUUACGUGGUGUUGUUUUUCAGUGGCAUAAUCUUUCAGUGCUUCUUCCUAGGCACACUAGGAGUCAUCUUCUCCUGCUCGUCUCUACUCUCUGCAAUCGUCAUCGCCGUUCUUCUCCCGGUGACAGAAGUCUUGGCCGUCAUAUUCUACAAAGAGAAGUUUCAGGCGGAGAAAGGCGUUUCUCUGGUUCUGUCUCUGUGGGGUUUUGUUUCCUACUUCUUUGGCGAGAUCAAACAUGACAAGCAGAAGAAUACUGAAACUCAACCGCUGGAGACUGAGAUGCCACAGAGCACUCUAGCCAAUAUCCCUUGAAUGAUUGGUUGGAUCCUGUCCUGUCGUGUCAUCGAAUAAGAACAAAGCCAUUUCAGUUCUUAAAGCAACUUUUUUCAGUGCAUCCGAAGGGUGUUCCUCCUUUGUAAAUUCAAAUGGGAUAAUGCUAUUUGUACAUAAAUAGUUGUCAUAAAUAGUUUUACAGUGAGUUUAUAGAAUCAUAUU